UUCGAUCACCAUUGAACUAUAUAUGAUAACAUUAUCUAAAGUUCAAUGGCGAUCACACGCGUCCAUUGUCAAUAAUAUUUUCAUCAUUGAACAUUGUUUUUCAUCGCGAGUUGUUAAUAUUGUUAUAGUGAAUCCAAGGCGAUUCAUCGUUUUACCGGUACUUAUUCUUAAAUUUCUCGAGUGAUCAUUUCGAGAUUUCGUUACCUUACGCGUUACGACUGCUCGUUUGAAGCGGACGUCGUCAUACACCGAAAAAAUGUACCCACUACCCAGCCUGGCGAAAAUGGCGUACUACGCGUGCAACAACAUCGAACGUGACAAGUUUGACUUGCGAGGCGCUGUUUGAAUUAUUCAAAGUCGACAAAAAACAAGAUGAGCACAACGAUAGGCAGACAAUGUUCAGGCGGUCUCUAUUCGCCAUCAAUGACGAUACCUUUAAACACAUAUGCGAGAAGGCAGCGUUCAACGGGCACAUCGGUUGCUUGAAACUAGCACACGAGAUUGGCGUCCCUUGGGACACCGUGCCUGGAUGGACCGGUGUCAGAGGUAAGGCGUGUGAUUUGGCGGCGGGAUCGGGCAAUCUGGAAUGUCUAAGGUACGCCUCUGUGAACGGGUGCCGCUGGGACGGGGAUACGUGCAGCAGCGCAGCGUCUAACGGUCACCUGGAGUGCUUGAAAUACGCACGGGAAAACGGGUGCCCUUGGUACGGCCGUACGUGCAGCAGCGCAGCGUCUAAUGGUCACCUGGAGUGCCUGAAAUACGCAAGGGAAAACGGGUGCCCCUGGGACAAGCGUACGUGCAUGAACGCAGCGUACCAUGAUCAGUUUGAAUGUCUGGUGUAUGCCUACGAGGGAGGGUGUAAGUGGGAAGUUUCAACUUUCUGUUGUAGGUCAAGGUACAGCCAAUCGAAAUGCGCUGAAUACGCCCGCGAAAUAAGGUCCCGGGAGCGCUUCGUAUCAUCGACGAUUGAAUUCAAGUAAUAUCACAAAUUUUUUUUUUACCUGUCUUUUUAUUAUGAAUCUAUGUUACGAGUUCUUAUAGCGAUCUUUUUAUAUAAAACAAAUCAUUGAUGAUCAAUAUAUUUUUAAAGUUGUACAAUA